AUGAGCCGGCCAACCUUGAACUUUCUCCGCCCAUACCUUCAUCAGGCUAGUCGCUCCAUCAGACCGGAACACGCGCGAGCAUAUCUCUCUGUUCAGCGGCGCUUUGUUCAGAGCCUAGCCGCCGAUGCAUAUACUGGCCCACAUGAUGUAGAGAAGCAGAAGCGCUUGGAGCACCUGGGCAAGGUGAAGCCGUUGGACGAUUAUCACCCUAGGCUGGCUUAUUCCGCGGAUGCGCAAAACUUAUCGAUACGUGAUUUUAAUGCCAAGUACGAUGGCAUCCAAGAAACAACUCCUGAUCGUGUGUCUGUGUUUGGAAGGGUGCGCUCAGUGCGACUGCUUGGCUCUAAGCUAAUGUUCCUCGAUAUUGAACGUGAUACACAGCGAUUGCAGGUCAUGGUAGAGCUGAAGAAGCUCACACCUCAAGACAGCCUUGAUGAGAACUUUAAGAAUUUCAAGAAAGUCGCCCGGGUUGGUGACUGGGUGUCCAUCAACGGUAACCCUACAAAGACAUCGAGUGGACAGCUCUCAAUUCUCGCCCUCGACGUACCCCAGAUUCUCGCGCCAUGCCUUCAUCACCUCCCAGAGAGGGUUGACGAUGCCGAGACACUUGCGCGACGACCACACAUUCACGCGCUCACAAGCGACGAGCCUGGCGAUGUCCUUCGUCUCCGGGCGCUGAUCUAUGACUACGUGCGCACGUACUUCAUACAGAGCGGCUUUUUGGAAGUGGAGACACCCAUGUUCGACGUUAACGCUGGAGGUGCUAUCGCACGACCCUUUGAGACUGUCGCAAAUGAGCUAUCCAAUACUCCUAUUAGGCUCAGGAUAGCACCUGAGCUCAACCUGAAGCGGCUGAUUGUUGGAGGACAGGAUAAGAUCUUCGAGAUUGGACGUGCCUUCAGAAAUGAAGGUGUGGACAACACCCAUAACCCAGAAUUCUCAACUUGCGAAUUCUACGAAGUUGGCGCGAACCUGCACACAGUCGUCGCCAGGACAGAGCAACUGGUACACGGUCUUCAUACCGCGAUUGAGUCAUUGAGGUCCACGUACUUCCCUACCCUAGCGUCGCCGGAGGAUAUCGAUUUCGCACAGCCUUUUGCUCAAUUGCCCUUCAUACCCACAAUCGAGCAAGCUUGUGGUUGCAAGCUACCUGAUCUAUCAUCAUCGGAAGCUUCCGACAAGCUGUUACAGCUAUUUGGUGAGCUGGACCUCGUCAUCCCGCCCAAUCCCACUCUUCCACGUCUUCUUGAUACUCUCGCGGAGAUCUACAUCGAACCUCUCUGUAAAAACCCUACAUUCAUCACCCAACACCCGGAAGCACUUUCUCCCCUCUCAAAGUCAUACAUUGACGAGGUCACUGGACAACGUGUCGCAUCUCGUGUGGAGCUCUUCAUCCACGGCCGCGAAUAUGUCAACGCAUACGAAGAAGAAAACUCGCCGUUCGAACAGCGUCGCAAGUUCAUUCAACAGCGUGACUUCCAUCCCGAGGGUGAGGGCGCCAUCGACGAGAGUUAUCUCGAGGCAUUGGAAUGGGGUAUGCCGCCGACUGGUGGCUGGGGGUGUGGGUUGGACAGACUGGUCAUGCUGUUCGCUAGUAAGAAAAGGAUCGCCGACGUGUUGCCUUUUGGCACCUUGCGAAACGUUGUUAGUAUUGCUAAGACGACGUGA